GCUGACGGGAGCGAAGAUGGCGGCGGCAGCGUCCGAGCUGCUGACGGGCUGGUGUCUCUUCGGCCUCGCGUUGCUGGCUAUUCUCAUUUUCUGCUGGGUUUAUGUGCGCAAGUAUCAGAGUCGACGGGAAAGCGAAGUAAUUUCUACCAUAACGGCUAUUUUUGCACUAGCAGUUGCUCUUAUCUCAUCAGCACUAUUACCAGUGGACAUCUUCUUGGUUUCGUAUAUGAAAAACCAAAAUGGUACAUUUAAGGACUGGGCUGAUGCUAAUGUUUCAAGACAAAUUGAAGACACUGUACUUUAUGGAUAUUACACUUUGUACUCCAUCAUAUUGUUCUGCGUCUUUCUGUGGAUUCCCUUUGUCUAUUUCUAUUAUGAGGAGAAGGAAGAUGAUGAUGGCAACACGUGCUCGCAGGUUAAAACUGCACUCAGAUACACUCUGGGAUUCCUCACAAUUUGUGCAGUUCUUCUCUUAAUUGGUGCUUUUGUCCCUUUGGAUAUUCCCAACAAGAAGAAUUCCACAGAGUGGGAAAAAGUAAAGUUGCUGUUUGAAGAAUUUGGAAGUAGUCAUGGCUUGACUGCUCUUUCAUUUUCCAUUAGUUCCUUGACUGUGAUUGGAAUGUUGGCAGCCAUCACUUACACAGCUUAUGGUAUGUCAGCUUUGCCUCUGAACUUGAUUAAGGGAACUACCAGUGCGACGUAUGAACGUUUGGAGAACACUGAAGAUAUUGAAGAAGUGGAACACCACAUAUUAAGGAUUAAAUCAAAGUGCAGAGAUGGCCGGCCUCUAUCAUCAAGGGAUAGACGGGCUGUACAACAACUUGAAGAGAGACUAAGGACACUUCGAAGGAGAGAGAGACAUCUGGAAUUUAUUGAGAAAAGUUGGUGGACAAAGUUCUGUGAAGCUAUCCGACCUCUAAAGAUUGUGUGGGGAGUAUUCUUUAUUGUUGUGGCACUGCUCUUCACUGUGUCUCUCUUUCUGUCAAAUUUGGACAAGGCUCUACAUUCAGCUGGCUUCGAUUCUGGAUUUAUAAUCUUAGGAACUAAUCUGACCAAUCCGUUGAAUAUGCUUUUACCUGUUCUUCAAACAGUUUUUCCGCUUGACUAUAUUCUUAUUACAACUAUUGUUAUGUACUUUAUCUUCACAUCAAUGGCUGGAAUUCGAAAUAUGGGUAUAUGGUUCUUCUGGAUAAGGCUUUAUAAAAUCAGACGAGGAAAAACUCGACCUCAAGCACUCUUAUUUCUCUGUAUGAUACUUCUAUUGAUAGUUCUUCAUACAAGUUACAUGAUCUACAGUCUUGCCCCUCAGUAUGUAAUGUAUGGAAGCCAAAAGUACCUGGUACAGCAGAGCAAUAAGACAAUUGAUGGCCAAUCAAGGAAUGUGACAACAUUUAUAUCAAAAGAAUGUGAUGCAGAUGCGCCUGAAGAUCAGUGUAUUGUUACUCGGACAUACCUCUUCCUUCAUAAAUUUUGGUUCUUCAGUGCUGUCUAUUAUUUUGGGAACUGGGCAUUCAUUGCAGUCUUUUUAAUUGGAUUAAUUGUAUCAUGCUGCAAAGGAAAGAAAUCAGUCAUUGAAGGUGAAGUGGAUGAAGAUGAUUCAGACAUGAGUGAUGAUGAACUGUCUGUUUACUAUCGUUAACAGUCUUUUGCCUUUAAAGUUAAGUGUAAGUGUAAUUUAAAGUUAUGUUGGAAGUCAUACCCAUGUGGUAUCCAUGUGGAAAUUAUGGCCAAAUGGGCAGCUGUGCACCUGUAAAAAUAGAAGAAAUAAGUGUACUCAUUUAAAGGGGGUGGAAAAACUGAAUAUUGUUUGAGUAUCACUAUCAGAAAGCAUUAAAGCUGGUUUUGAAUAAUAUAUAGAAAAUACUGUUUUAUAAUUAAAUGUAUAUGUGUAACUUUGUACAGUUUGAUAAAUUGUUUGCAAUUAUUUCAUGGUUGAUGUUGCUUUUCUGUUAGCUUAAGGUUCUUAUACAAGUUAGGCGUGAAAGUGUUUGACACUCUUAUGCAGACUUGUUUAUUAAUAAAAACUAGCUGAAGUCUGACAAAACAGCUAGUAAACAUUGCUAGAAACACUUGGAUGAAACUUUCAUUUUCAGAAGGAUGCAACUUACAAAGCUUUUACUUUUACUGAUGUUCAAUUCCCUUAUAAAACUAUAGUUAAAAAGACACUAUCCUUAAAGUAUUCCAAAAACAUCUAUUUGAUAAAGUGGUGAGUUCCCAGUAUGUAAGGAAUAAGUAGCUUCAACACAUUUUUUUUUUCUCUGUUUAAGUUACUGUGGAAUCUUCUCAUAACUGUAGAGUAGCUUCUGCUCUACCAGGACAUAAUUAGUGUAAAUGACAAUAUUCAGUGUUCUUAUUAUUUAGUAUGGCUAAACUUUGAAGCUGCCAGGUGCCUGGCUUCUCAAUAAUGGAAUAAUUGACUUUUAUAUCUUAGUUUCUCUUUAAUGUUGUUUAGUUUGAUGUUUUUCUUCCAAUAUUUAGUGUAAACCAACUUAUUUACAAGCCUAUGUUUAUAUAAACACAAUUCAUAAAGACUCUUCAUAUUCUUUUCAUAAAAUGUUAACUACAUAGUUAGUGAGCUUUAUUUUUUAAGGCUGAAAAUGAUUGUCUUCAAAUGUCCUUUGACAGCCUCCAAAAGAGACAAUAUUUAAAGAGACAAAAGAGACAGUAUUAGUCUAAGUAGUAAGUAGUUAGUCUAAACUUCUGGUGUUGCCUGAGGGGAAAGUAUGGUCCAUGCAAGCACAUGGAAAUGUAGUUUAACGUUUUAUAAGACUAAUUGUUAAACAAUUAUUGAAGUGUACAGAAAUCAUUAAUAUAUUAUGCCCUGCUCGCCUGUUGGCAAACUCAAAGCUGGCAGUUCCCUGCUCUGUUAUCUCAAAACCAGUCUGCCUCUUCCUAUAUACUUUUAGAAAUUUGAAAUUUUAAUUCUGUUCCAGUAUUUCAAGAAGUCAGUUGCGUAUCUUGAAGAAUUCAUGAACACAAGGGAUCAAAGUUUAGACUGUAUUUACAGGAACAAAAAGGCUUUGUCUUUUGUGUCAUCUACUCAAUGAUCCAUAUUCGUGACAACCUGACAUGAUGUUGCAUUCUGAUCAAAGUUUGAAACAUAGUCAAGGUUUGAAGUAGCCAAGCAAGCUUGACCAACAGCAACCGAUUAGUUCUCUACUGAUGAGACAUGGAAAGGGGAUGAAUAUUCAAAUGCUGAUAGCAAGUAGAGACAAGGUGGUCUGUUUGAACUCUGACUAAUAUUAACUGAAUGAUGUUUGAACAUGACCACAUGCAAAUUUACAAAGAAGGAAUUAUUUAUAAGUUUAAAUGCUUAUGGUGGAACCCGAUGUUGAGUGUGUGGAAGCUCCCUGCAGUCUGUAUCCAGAGGACAUCAAGAAGCCACAGAAUACUACUUGAAUGCCCUCAUUGCAAUAGUUCUAAUCAUUAGCUUAAACUUUAAUGUUCUUUUUGUUGGUUUUGUUCAUAUUUCAUAUUCAGUUUUAAUGCUCAACAUUACUUUCCUCUUUUGGCUCUAUCAUAUACAGGGAGUUUGUGUCCCAGGGCAUAAGAUUGGGCUGUGAUACCCAGCUUUGCUGCAGAGUCAAGUCACCUAGUAUUGAAUUUCCUUCCCACUGGGGGGAUCACGGCUUGUCCAGGGAAGAUGGGGCAGGAUGCUAUGUUGGUUUCAUGCAAUGCAGCUGAGUUGUCAGUCCUGGAUGUUGCUGCCUAAGGACCCUGGGCAUCCCCAGGCAUCUGUUACUAUGGUUCUUGCUCAUCCUCAAGCUUCUCAUUGCUAGGCUCUUCGCACUCCAGCCCUGUCUUUUUUCAUCUAGUUUAUAUGCAGAAGCACAACAUGCAAUCCACCUCUGAAUUAGGAGUUUUGUUCCGUGUCUAUUUACUGAUUAAAGGAUGCAGUAAGUACCCUUCUUGUUUAAUCCAGGUAUUGCCAAAAUUUGCUGGAAGCAGUAAAGGCUGGUUGUAGAGACUUGCUUCUUACUAGCUGCACAAUUCAAAGUUCACCUUCAGACAUUCUCAUGCAUAAACAAUUAACUGUUGCUUCAGCAUUUGCAAUCCAAAUUUUUUCACCUACUAUACAUUCACCAAAGUUUCAGCAGUUCAGUGAACACGUGACUACAUUUAAAAAGACUUUGUAUACACUAAUACUUUCAGUGAAUAUAUGUCAGGAAUUCAUCUUUAUCCAGCACUACCUUCAUGCAGUUGUCACUGUUUUUAACACAGCUCUAGCUUUAAAAUAGAUUUGAGGUUUCUGGAUGUUUGUUCUGUGCAAUGCAGUCCUCAGCUGGAUCAGUUCAUCCAGUAUUGUGUUGUGAAGAAAGCUGUUGCAGUGAAAUGCAAGAGAGCCCUGUCUAUUAAUAUACUUUUUGAUCAGUACUUACAGCAGCCUUAAACAACUUCUGCCAUAAUCUGCUUCCUUGUCUCUUGCGCUGUCUUCAGUGUAGUACUUAUAAGUAAAGCAAUGAAUUACUUGAUUGACUUUUUCAGAAUUAUUCCUUCUGUGGUAGCUUUAGUGAACUAUAUACCAGUCCUACAAAUUUGACUGCUAGCUAUGAAACAGUACAGUGUUUUUUUUUUUUUUUUUUUGGUGUGUGACCAAACUAACUUUACAGUCAUGUUAUAACACAGUAUUGUGCCUUGUAAGUAAACUUCUAACUCCUUGAAUUGAAUCUUCAGAAACCACCUUUUUGACUAAGGACACCUAAAAUAGCACCAGAGUUGUUUUGCUGUAUUUUGAAGAUAAGAAUUAUGUUCCAAACUCACCUCUGUAGUCUGAACUUUAGGAACUUCUGAAUAAUUGUAGUGCUAGUCAGGCAUUUUUUUAAAAUAUAAGCUAUGGUUUCCUAGUCAAUUUUUUUACCAUGUGGAGGCUUAUGAACACUUAAACUAUUAAGCUUUAAUUCUUAAUUCUUACUGACAAAUCAUCAAAACAAGCUGUUGUCACCAGGAGUGAAUUUAAGAGAAUUCAGCAGCAACACAUGCCAAAUGUUUUUUUUUUUUCUUGCAGCCUGUUGUGUAGUCAUUUGUUUGUCUGGAGUAACAAAUCAUUA